GAAUAACAUCCAGGAUCAGCGCAGUGACCUACGUUCAUCGGCCCUUCGCUGUCGUGUGGAAUGGAUGUCGAUCCUGCAUUGCAAAUGAUCAGUAACGAUGUGAUAAAGUGUGAGAAGAAAGCUAAUAAUCGUCGAGAAAUUAACUAUCGAUUAAUUGUUUGGCGCCAAAAACUGCUGCGAUAAUUAAUAUCAGACUACUUUUGCCAUGGCAACAAUAGCAGUUUAGCAGAACCAGUAACGAGUAAUAAACACGUGUUUCUACUUUCCAGUAAAAAGUGUUUCGUCCAAGUUUGUGUGUUAAACGAAGUUUACGCUUUCUUGAUUGAUGAACGUGGUUCUUGGUAGUUAUCGACUUAAUGAAAACGCAGCAGCAGAAUCAGUUCAAAAGGUUCCAGUCCCACUAAAAACCAUGUCACAUCAGCCACAGCUGUAUGUUGAAUUGAGAGACCAUUCAGGCAAGACACAAGUCAUCUCACCUGAAUGCAUUCAAUCUGUGAAGAAAUAUGCCUGCCCACUGUGUCCGGAUGAUAGUUUUCUUUCAUCUGAACAUUUAAAACGUCACUUGUCGAAGAUUCACGAAAAUAACGCCAAAAUCAUUCAAUGCUGGUGUGGAAAUUAUUUUAUGACUAAGGAUGACUUUCAACAACACAAGGAAACAUGUUUACGCUUUAGAUUCAAAUGCACAAUCUGUGCUCGAAGCUUUACUCAACGAGUUAAUCUCAAGCGUCACCGAAGUGGGGCCCAUUUUGAUUUAAAGAAAUUUAAGUGCGAUGUUUGUCUAUUCGCCACUCAUCGAAAAGACAGUCUAGCACGUCAUAUGACAACUACUAAACAUAAAUUACAAUAUUCCUCUUCGAUCAUUCAAUCGAGCAAACAAGACCGACCAUCUCCAGAAGAUAAUAGUUUUAUUGGUACGUCUCCAGAAGAACUAACUGCUGAAACUUAUUCGAGUCGUAGCUUCCAAUUUAUGGCCUCUAAUCCAGAAGAUCUUGAAUUCUCCGAUGCCGAAAAUCUUAGCAACAACAUUUUAAACGUGGCCAACUUGCACAGUGUUUCAAGUUCCACUUACAACAAGCAAAUGACUCUUCCACCGCUGAAGAAAACCAGUUUCGUUGUUUUGUCUGGCACUCCUCAAAUAAAUCUCAAUACUUCCAAGUUAUCUCAGGUGAUUGCAGAACCGUUGUCUGUGGAAGCGGACGAAAACGUAAGCAAAGAAGUCUCUCCCAUUGGCAGAGCUAACGAUAUUGCGAUGCACAGUAACUGCUUGCUUCCUCCAAUGAGCAGCGCUCACAAAAUCCAAACUGAUUUAUCGUCCUCUUCUGAUGACAAGAAUUCCUUGGCUAAUGCGACAUCCAACAAACAGUUCAUCAUUUUGAGAUCCCUGAAUCCCCCCGUUAAAAUUACAUGGUCUAACGGCCUGCGUGAGAACCACAGCCCAAUUCAACCUAACACAGGGUUACAAACGCAAGGUUUAUUUCCCAUUAAGAUCCACACCGGAAACAUAUCUUUACUGCCAAGUAAAGUGCUGGCGCCUGUCACUUCAAAAGGUCCCACAAAACGACAUUGAACAAUCCAGUAUCCAUCGCAACUAACGGAUCGCCCCCCCCCCCCCCAAAAAAAAAAUGGAUUUUGUUUGUUUGAUCGAACAAUUUUCAUAAAUUAUAUACCUUCAUUAACUUUAUUCCUUGUUUUAAGUGAACAGAAGUCCCCUUUUUUUCUCAGACAAUCGAAUCCACAAGCUGUUUCUUUUCCUUCAGCAUACUUACAAAGAAUUUUAACUUUUCGUCUGUCUUAGUUUGCUUUUUUAUCGUUACUUUCAUACAGAAAUGGCUGUGUUGAAAUCCGUUUUAUCCUUUGUUCAAGUGAUUUCGAAUAUAAUUUAGUAUCAAGAAAUGUGUGGUAGCCACACACAUGUACUUGUUAUUGUAUUUACAGUUCUAGCGCUACGCUGGCCAACAAACAAGAAAACCAGCAAUGUUUUACUUUAU